UCGAGACUUUCACAGCGUUUUCUCUUGGCUUCUCAGUUUCUCGUCGCGCCAUGGAUCCGCCUCCUGGUCAGCCGACCGAUUCGAGCACCGACUUCAAGGUUCCUGCUCCUAAAAAGCCGGCAGGAAUCACUGUCGCAUCCCGCUUUAUGCAACCGGCCGCUCAGGCCCCAGCUUCGCGUCGCGAAGGUUCCAUGAUCCCGACUCCCGAUCCGCGCCUCUCCGCCAUGCACGCACCAUCGUCCGCCGCGAAAAGCGCCGUCAGAGGCGGCGCUAGCGGCGUCACCGGCCGAAUCUCCGCCCGCGCAAGCAUGAGCCUCACCUCCGCGCAGACCCCCGCCGUAUCCCGCGCGGGGGGAGCCAGCGGGCGAGGCGGCGGAGCAGCUUCCGGACUCGUUGGCGGAACCAGUGGCGCGAGAGGAGGCGCAGGCGGAGCGGGAGGAGCAGGCGGAGCACGCGGAGCGGCCUUCCGCGCGCCCUCCAGUGCGGUGAGCGGCACUCCGCGGAGGCAUUCUGAGGCGACUGUCAGUGCGGCAAGCGCUGUGAAGGGGACCUCGAGAAUAGCAGGGAGAGGAGGAUUGGAAGGGCUCCAGUAUCAGACUCCGAUGGCCAAAGGGCGAGGAGGGAGUGCAGCGAGUCAAUACCAGACUCCCAAGGGAGAAGGGGGAGGAGGGAGAGGAGGGGGAGGAGGGGGAGGAGGGGGAGGAGGAGGAGGAGGGAGGGGAGGAUUGGCAGGCCCGCAAUACCAGACUCCGAUGGCAGAAGGGAGAGUGGGAAUGGCUACUGUCGGGAGAGAGGGGAGAAGGGCGAUGGUACCAGGGGGGAAAGGAGAUGGGAGAAGUGUGGCGACGGGGGAGGUGAGACGAGGGGAUAGAGGAGAGGGUAGAGGAGGUGGUAGGGGAAUUACCCCUGGAUAUAGAAGCCUGAAUCUUGCGCCGUCAGAUGAGAUGUUGGAAGGUGCUGAGCUGGCAGCAGGGACGGCAGCUGUGUCAGCGAUCCUGGCUGCUGACGUGGCGGGAACAGCAGGGCCGGAGGAAUAUCGAGGAGCGGAGGGGGCUAGCAGCGUUGCCAGGGGGGAGCAGAAAGGUGCUGUUCUAGGGGGUGAAUCGUCUGCGUUAGAGUUGUUGCAUGUGGCUGGGGAGCACGCAGAAAGGGAGCCAGGCUGUGCGUAUAGUGAUGGCAGUGGUGCUGCUGUGCUGUUGGAAGCAGUGGAAGAAGUGGGAGCUGUGGGUAGUGGAGGCAGUGAGGCUCACAAUGAAGCCUUGCUGCCGAGCCAAGGCGUGCUGCCGAGCCAAGGCGUGCUGCCGAGCCAAGGCGUGCUGCCGAGCCAAGGCGUGCUGCUGAGCCAAGACGUGCUGCCGAGCCAAGACGUGCUGCCGAGCCAAGACGAGCUGCCGAGCCGAGACGUGUUGCCGAGCCAAGACGUGCUGCCGAGGCAAGGCUUGCUGCUGAGAAAGGAGCCAGAGGAUGCAGCAAUGGCAAGUGUGCCUGAAUCAGGGGGCGACUCAUAUGUGGGAGGCGGGGCAGAAGCGAGACGGGACGAGCUCAGGCUGGAAACUGGGGCUGCUGGGAGAGAUGCUGCUGGUUAUAGUACUGCUGGUGCUGGAGCUGCUGGUGCUAAUGCUGCUGGUGCUAGUGCUGCUGGUGCUAGUGCUGCUGGUGCUAGAGCUGCUGGUGCUGGUGCUGCUGGUGCUGGUGCUGCUGGUGCUAGAGCUGCUGGUGCUAGUGCUGCUGGUGCUAGUGCUGCUGGUGCUAGUGCUGCUGGUGCUAGUGCUGCUAGUGCUAGUGCUGCUGGUGCUAGUGCUGCUGGUGCUGGUGCUGCUGGUGCUAGUGCUGCUGGUGCUGGUGCUGCUGGUGCUAGUGCUGCUGGUGCUAGUGCUGCUGGUGCUAGUGCUGCUGGUGCUGGUGCUGCUGGUGCUAGUGCUGCUGGUGCUAGUGCUGCUGGUGCUAGUGCUGCUGGUGCUAGUGCUGCUGGUGCUAGUGCUGCUGGUGCUGGUGCUGCUGGUGCUAGUGCUGCUGGUGCUGGUGCUGCUGGUGCUAGUGCUGCUGGUGCUGGUGCUGCUGGUGCUGGUGCUGCUGGUGCUAGUGCUGCUGGUGCUAGUGCUGCUGGUGCUAGUGCUGCUGGUGCUAGUGCUGCUGGUGCUAGUGCUGCUGGUGCUGGUGCUGCUGGUGCUAGUGCUGCUGGUGCUGGUGCUGCUGGUGCUGGUGCUGCUGGUGCGGCAGGGGGUAUUGGGGAUGCUGGUGCGGCAGGAGGGGCUGGUCCCAUGGCAGAGACGUCGGAUGGUGCUGACUUGGAGUGGAGCGACAGUGUGACCAGCGGUAGCAGCAGCAGGAGCGCGCCUGGGCAUUCUGGAGCAAGCCUGGCAACAUCUGCACCAGAGUCUGCCGGAAUCGAACUUAGCAGGUCCCAAGGCUCGGCACACAGCCACACAGGCUCGGUUACAGGCUCGGUACCGGGCUCUGUGCAGAACCACGCAGGCUCGGUGCACAGCGAUGGAGACUCGGAUCUGGUAGCUUCGAGCUCUCUAGGUUCGGAGAAGGGCGAGAGCGGCGAGAGGGGCCAUGGGAUGAGGGGGGGCAUGCCGCCAGCCGUGGCUGUGUUGAUGGAGGAAAUGUCUGGGGUGCCGUGGUCGGCUCAAGCAUCGCUUGUGGCGAACAGAGAGAUGCAGCUGCGGGCGAUGCUGAUCCUUCAGCAGGAGCAGGCGGAGGAGGAGAACAGGCGGAACAUGGCUGCCCUGGCAGCAGCAUGGCACUUCUGCUCGUGUCUGCAGCGGGAGCACCACCGGCAGCAGGUGCAGCAGCAGCGGCAGCAGCUGCAGGAGAGGGUGCGCCUGCUGCUCAGCGACCAGGGAGUGAGGCCGCUGCUGCAGCAGCAGCAGCAGCAGCGCAGCCAGCACAGCCUGGCGUUGAGGAGCACCAUUCAGGCGCUGUCAGACUCCCUGGUGAAGCUGCCCAUACGCCCCUCCAGCACGGUGAACCCAGCGCGGCUCAAGGAGCACCUGGACGCCCUUCACGACCUGCUCAGCACCAUGCAGCCCAGUGCUGAUGGCCUCUCUCAGGUGCCUGAGGUAGCCUGCCUCGUGGCGUCCAUAGCAGACCAUCUCACCUCUACCAAGGCGGCUCUUGAUGCGGCAUGUGGCAACAGCGACCGCCUCGCAGAAGCCUCUCUCAAGGAGCAGACCAAGGUGUUUCAGCUGCAGCAGCUCUCAGGCCCCUCUCAGCCCGAGCCUUGAUUCUUUCACAUCCUCAGCACAUGACACGGCUUGAGCUCUCUGACUUGCCCUCUUGACUCAAGCCUGAAGGACGACCCACUCCUUUGGAGGGCCAGCCAUUCUCUUCCCACUGUACUGUACAUACCGCUCCACCAUUUCUUAGCAUGCAUCACCACUUUUGAUCGAGGUGAGUCACGACGAGAUACUAACCAGGGCUUCAGAUUGGAUUUUGAGGGGCCCUUGGCUCAGGGUGCCCCCAGCAGGAGCCCCCGUUUUUCAGGGUCGGGUUUUGGAAGUUGAGAUUUUUUCAGGGUAAUUUUUUUCGAAGGCUGAAUGAUCAGGACUGUUUUUUUUUUCAGAGCUGAGAUGAUAGGGUUGAACCUUGGCGAUUUUGUAGGGCGGGUAGGAUUUUAACCUAGCACAUACCGUAAUCCCCCGUAUAAAACACCCGCCGGAAUUAAGCUCCCCCGGGUAGCUUGAGCGGGUAUGGGUGUUUAAUUUUUCUGGAUAUAGACAACACCCUACUUUC